AACAGGCUCUGUGUGACGGCGUCUGCUUCUCAGGACUUUACAUUUCAAAAAGAGCUUCAGCCGUCAGAAAAAAACCAGCAAGUCCGGUUUUACCCUGAGGAUCAGGCAUCAGAAAAUAUAGUAGUCCACAGGAGGAGACAAGGAACCUUCACUACUGACGGGGAAAGUGCUCAAGUUGUUAACAAUGGAGCACCGGCUGACAGAUAAUCUGAGGGUUGCGUUCGUCUUCAUCAUCCUCUUCUCCACGGGUUCAAGUGUAAAUGACCGAGAGUGGAAUUUCUGUGGGACCUGGCGCCAUGGCAUGGGCUCCCUGAGCCUGAACGUCAACCUCUCCCCGGGCUGCAGUGAGUUCUCGAUCUCAGCCGAUGAGAGCUCCCUGUCCAUCGCCGGGCAGAUCACAGCUCAGUGCAGCCGGUCUGGAGUGAUUCCCCACGAGCAGCUCGGCCUUGACUCUGAGAAGGAAACUCCAUUCUGUGUUUUCUGGGAGCCACUGCUGGACCAGUUGAAGCUGCAGCUCGGAGGGAAGAACCUCACUCUGUGCUGGCCCACCAGCCUGCAGGGCAACUGCUGCACCUAUCUGUCUCAUGGUCCCAACACACCCGAGGGACCCUUCGGCAUCAUCAAUGGAGCGGUCAGAAACGAUGUCAUCACGGGCAAAGUACUGACAGCCUACACGUUCAACGGAAUCUCCAUCGACUCCAAAACAUUAUGUGAUGAAGAGAGCCAGGGAUCCACCCAAGUCAGCAUGACUAAAGACACUGCUUUAGGGAAUAUGGAGCAUCCGUGCGCUCGCAGAGUUGAGGUGGACAUGAAGCGGGAUUUCAGAGGCUACAACAUCACAGCGCCUGCCACUAAAGGUGUGCCCGCAGAGUUCAGUACAACCAUCUACCUCCCCCCCGCUCUGAAACAAGCCGCGAAAAUGACCAGCAGAGUUGUCUGCACUUUCUUCAAAAGCAACUCCCUGUUCCAGGAGGGUCACAAGGAUGUCAGGGUUCUUGACGAUGUGGUGGAAAUCAGCAUGGAGAACGAGAUCAUCGCUGAUCUGUCUGAGCCAAUCAGGAUUGUCUUUCACCAUGAGGUGAUAAUUAAACUGCAUUCAAGGAAGUGUGUUUCAUGGGACACCAGGAAAGAUCCGUUGCAGGUCAAUUGGUUGAUGGAUGGAUGCAAGAUGCAUCAGAAAGGGCCGAAACAAACAGAGUGCCUCUGUAACCAUCUGACCUACUUCUCCGUGCUGGUGGAAAUGAAGCCUCGCCCAGUGCGCCACCUCCUGGCCCUGACCGCCAUUACAUCUCUGGGCUGUGCCGUGUCUGUGAUCAGCUGUAUCGCUCUCAUCAUUUAUCUCUGCAGGAAGAGCAGGCGAUGUAAGGAGCAGUCCAUACCCAUCCACCUGGGCCUAGCUGUGUCUCUGGCCCUCCUCAACCUGCUCUUCUUCUUCACCGGGAUCCUGGCUAACGUGGGAGGGGAGCGUGUGUGUGUCUGGGUGGGGGCAGGCCUCCACUACACCCUGCUCAGCUCCUUUACCUGGAUGGGCGUGGAAGUUUUCCACACCUUCUGGUUGGUCUACAUGGUUUUCAUACCCUCCCCGAACCCCUUCGUGUGGAACCUGGUCGGCUUCGCUCUCCCUGCCCUUCCUGUAAUCAUCCUGGCUGCUGUAGGUGACAUUUAUGGACUGAGAGAGGUGGUGCCGAGCGAUGACGUCUCCAAUCCUUAUCUGAUGUGCUGGAUGAAAGACUCCAACAAGGCCCUGCUGGCCCACUACUUCACCAACAUGACAGUCCUGGCCCUCCUGGUGUCAUCUGGCGUCGUGAUGCUCUUCCUGGUCUACUGGCAGAUCCGCAGCAGGAAUGAAUGGAGGAAGAACAGCGUGGCUUUCCUCAGCAUCUGGGGCCUCAGCUGCCUCUUCGGGACAUCUUGGGGUCUGACCUUCCUGGACUUUGGACCCCUCUCUGACGUAGUCCUCUUCCUCUCCUGCAUCCUCAACUCUUUUCAAGGUUUCCUCCUGAUGCUACGGUUCUACAUGCUGGACUGGAUGCGGAAAAAGGCCAACGGCCCUUCUCUGGGCAGCUUCAGCACCGGGUCCACCAGGCAGCACAUGUUAAGGGCCCAGGAGAAGAGCUAGAUGGACUGUUUGGUAGCACAUCAAUGCUGCAGCAUUAAAGCUUUUUAUGUAAAAAAAACAAAAACAACAAAUCCAAUUACGGUCUCCUUAUCAAAGUAGAUGACCAAACAGAGAAGAACUGUCCGCUGUAGAUUUCGCUGUUUCAUCAGCUGAAAAUCUGUGGUCAGGUUUGGUAGCAGUUGAAGAGCGGCUCCAAAAGGCAGUAAGCGAGCCCUCCAUACAUCCUCCACCCCUCAUCCCUCUGGUUGCUAAACACAAGCACACCUUAUUGGAACACCAGCUCAUCCAGUUUAAUAGACUAAGUAAUUCUUGUGGGUGCAAAUUGUGUUCAUUAGUCAUCUGUCAUCGGAUGUUAGAACCAUAUUGCAAUAAAUGCUGUUUGUUUAAUUAGAGCUACAGAUUGAACACGGAUGGAGAUUAGCUAAAUGUAAUCAACGCCAUCCACUCAGCAGUCAAAACUGAUCUCAAAGAAGAAAACAAACUUGAUCACUUGAUUCACCUUCUCGGGGACGGUGGAGAAGGGAUGAGACCAUCACUCAGGAAAUACAGGCCUGGAGCCUAUAUUUGUAGAAAACCUAGGCUGGGUCUAGUUGGAGAAGGGAAAGAAUUUAUUUGAGAUUCUAAAUUGUAAACUGGAUAUAAAGUUAAGCUUUAAAUCUAGACAGGAAAAUGUGAGGAUGUUAAAUGAUUACAGGUUACUGUGCUGUGCUUUCCAUUCUUUUGUCUGUAAAGAAAAACGAUAUAUAUAUUAUUAUUAUUAUUAUUGAAGCUCGCCUUGAACCUUAGAUAAGCUUUUUAUUUUCAAUUUUGUACUUGUACUUUUUUGUAGCACUUUAGAUUUUAAAUCCUUUCUUUUUUUUUUAUCUCAGUGAGUUGUCUUUUGUAUUGUUUUAAUAUGCAUGCAAUAGAUGACAUUUCAUAAACAGAAUGUGUGCACAGUGGAAUAGAUAACAGUUGAGUGUUUUAUAAUAGAUGACUCCAGGAUGACUCGUUUUUUUUUUAUUAUUCCAAAAUAAUAAGUGUCAAAAAUAAUCAUCUUCAAAAAUGGACCAAAUAAGACUUAAUCAACUUAAACUGACUAGUUGGGAAAAUUGUGUCCAAUUUAAAAUCUAAAUUGAAUCUUCAUUUAUAUAUCAUAUGUUGGUGAAUAUAUAAUGUGAGUUUUUAGAUACUGUGAUAUUUGCACUUUUUUUUAGAUUUACUGAGGUGACAUGCUUUGCCACUCAAAUGAUUGUGUAUAGCUGCUUUUUUGUGGAUGUAUAUAGAGAACUAAUAAA